AUGCUUAAAAUCGCGGAAGAAAAGAAGAAAGAGUGUCCACACGCAGUUACAACCUUAGAACGAGACAGAUAUGCGGACGACCUUAUUCAUUCCUGUCCAAAUACAGAAGAAGCGCCAGAGAGUAUGGAAGAAGUCGACAAGGUUUUGGCAACCGGCAGUUGCGUUGGGAAGGAAUGGCUAUGCUCAUCUAAUGUCCCAAGCGCAGCGAAAACGGACACGCCUAAGUCACCGAUCGUCAGCGAGAAUGAAACUAAUCCAAAUAUGUUAGUUGUAAGCUUGAAUGGUGAGGAAGAGACGAAAACUCUUCGCGUAGUUUUGAAACCACGUAAAGAUGUAUUAAGUUUCGCGUCAAGAGAAAUCAAAAUCGAGAAGUUGAAAAAGAGAUCAGUCCUAUCAAGUAUUUCAAAGCUCUAUGACCCACUAGGUCUCGCGUCUGCCGUCACAAUAAAAGCAAAGGCGCCUUGCAAGAGAUUUGGAAAUUGA